AGCUGUAUAAAGGGAACUGAGGUAACGGAACGUGACGACGUCUCUGCGUGAAGAUGACGGUCUGAAGGUAAAACUGUUUGUGCUGCUUUUAGCCACAGCGGCUAACUGACCUGUAGCCUGGCCGGAGUGCCGCUGAGCAAACCGCCAGCCGCUAAUGAACCGUGCAGAUUACUGACACAUCAGUGUGAACGUGGAGGAUAUCUGAGGAUCCUGUUUCUGUCGUCAGCAGAUUUUAACAAGUGUGAUGUGAGGCGAUGCUCGCUCGGCCACCAUGGCCAGUAUGACGCUCAGGUACUUCUGUUACGGCUGCCUCGUCACCUCGGCGACCUGGUCCGUCCUCCUCUUCCUCUACUUCUCUCUGGGGGAGGAGCCUGGCCACGGCAGGACCCCCCUGCGGCAGCGCAGCCAGCCGAUCACCAAGGGCCUGGCUGACCGGAGGGUGGGGGGGCGUCGGCUUCUGCCGGCCAAUAAGGGAGCAGAACUGUCACCGGAGAUGGGUAUGAUAUUUAACGAAGCGGAUCAGGAGGUCCGGGACACCGGUUACCAUCGACACGCCUUCAACGUCCUCAUCUCCAGCAGACUGGGCCAGCACAGAGAGCUGCCUGACACCAGAGACUCCCAGUGUCGGGAGAAGGUGUAUCCUCUGGCUCUACCUUCUGCCAGCGUAGUGAUCUGUUUCUUCAACGAGGCGUUCUCUGCCCUGCUGAGGACCAUCCACAGCGUGUUGGACCGAACGCCGGCGUACCUGCUGCACGAGAUCAUCCUGGUGGACGACCACAGCGAGCUCGAGGAGCUGAAGGACGACUUGGAUCGGUACGUCAGAGAGGAGCUGCAGGGGAAAGUCAAACUGGUGAGGAACCCGAGGAGGGAAGGACUCAUCAGAGGACGCAUGAUAGGAGCCUCGCAUGCUACUGGUGAGGUGCUGGUGUUCCUGGACAGUCACUGUGAGGUGAACCAGAUGUGGCUGCAGCCUCUGCUGGCUCCCAUCCAGACGGACCGCCGGACCGUCGUCUGCCCCGUCAUCGACAUCAUCUCAGCCGACACGCUGACCUACUCGCCCUCGCCCAUCGUCAGGGGCGGCUUCAACUGGGGGCUGCACUUCAAAUGGGACCCUGUCCCCCCCGCACAGCUCAAUGGGCCCGAGGGGGCCAUCGCACCGAUCAGGUCUCCCACCAUGGCAGGCGGCUUAUUCGCUAUGAACAGGAAGUAUUUUAACGAGCUCGGCCAAUACGACGCUGGCAUGGACAUCUGGGGCGGAGAGAAUCUGGAAAUCUCCUUCAGGAUCUGGAUGUGUGGCGGUCAGCUGCUCAUCAUCCCCUGCUCCAGAGUCGGUCACAUCUUCAGGAAGAGGCGGCCCUACGGCUCACCUGGGGGGCAGGACACCAUGGCCCACAAUUCCUUGCGGCUAGCACACGUAUGGAUGGACGAGUACAAGGAGCAGUAUCUGUCUCUGCGCCCAGAGCUGCGUGACCGCAGUUUCGGUGACAUCAGCGAGCGCGUGGCGUUGAGGAAGCGGCUGCAGUGUCACUCCUUUCGCUGGUACCUGGACACCAUCUACCCUGAGAUGCAGACCGUCGCCAAUGGCAACAAGCAGCAGCAGCAGAUGUUCAUCAACAAGGGCCUGAGACGACCCAAAGUCCUGCAGAGAGGACGGCUUCGUAACCUAUCAACGGGGCGCUGUCUGGUGGCGCAGGGCCGAGCCAGUCAGAAGGGCGGAGCCGUCGUCCUGCGACCAUGUGACCCCAGAGACCCCGAACAGGACUGGGCCUAUGAUGAGGAGGGUCAGCUGGUUCUGGCAGGUCUUCUGUGUCUGGACGUGUCAGAGGUCAGGACCUUUGACCCCCCCAGACUGAUGAAGUGUCACGGCUCAGGGGGGUCACAGCAGUGGAGCCUGGGGAAGUCUAACCGACUCUACCAGGUCUCGGUGGGUCAGUGUCUCUCCGUCGCCCAGCCGGUCGGGCCGAAAGGUUACGUUGCCAUGGCGAUAUGCGACGCCUCGCAGGCACAGCAGUGGCAGCUGGAGGGCUGAUGAGGCGGAUGACAUCACUUGUUCAUGUGGCGAACGGACGGACGGAGUGAUGCGACGUCUUAAAUGUUCUUUUAGAGACAAUCAGGUUUUAUUGGAGCAGCAGUCUGUGUUUGUUUGUUUGUUUGUUUGUUUGUUUUUACUGUUUGGUUCAGUAGGUUUUCUGCUCUCUGCGGCUCACAGCGACUUUUAUUAACCAGCAGAUUCUCCUCUCACAUUUUCUGUUUUUUCAUGUUUUACAAAUUCAUUUUCAGCCUCAUUUCUCUCUGAGCUGCUUUUUAAAACUCACUCAGCUUCUGUCCCGACAAAGACUGAAACAGUCCUGGAAUGUCCUGGAAUAUUUUGAACUUUGGAGAGAGAUUCCAGGUACCAACAGCAGGAGUUUUCAUAUCUGCGUCUGUUGCUUUUCAGUGGGAGGACAGAAGAAUUUCAGGUAAAGAUGGACUUCUAAGACAGACCUUGAAAGUCCUGUAAUGACCUGGAAAGUCCUGGAGUUACCGUUAUGAACUCAGUGACGUCUUGUGUGAAACGUCAGGACAAUAAAAAGCAGCGAAGCUA